CUGCUGUGAUCACAGGGUUAGCCCAACUCGAGUUGGGACGCCGGAGAGCUCAGUUUCCUUGACCAGACGAGAGAUGGAUGAGAGGACAGGAUUGUUAGAGAGACCGAAGCGUACAAGAAAUGGCAGGCUGUACCUCGCUGUCUUCUCUGCAGUUUUGGGGAACUUUAACUUCGGCUUUUCCCUGGUGUAUCCUUCCCCGGUCAUCCCACAACUGCUGGUCAUCGACGACCCCCGGCUGAGAUUAGACACGGAGCAGGUCGCGCAGUUUGGGUCUAUAUUCACGCUGGGAGCCGCUGCAGGGGGUAUAGGGGCCAUGUUGCUGAAUGACCUGAUUGGUCGGAAGAUAAGCAUCAUGGCCUCAGCAGUGCCAUCUACUGUUGGGUACCUGUUGAUGGGCUCAGCCCAGGCCAUUUGGAUGCUGCACCUGGGCAGGUUCCUGACCGGCAUCGCAGGGGGAAUGACGGCCGCCUCCAUACCGGUGUACAUAUCAGAGAUCUCCCACCCGUCUGUGAGAGGCGCUCUGGGCUCGUGUCCUCAGAUCACCGCCGUGUUCGGAUCUCUGGCUCUCUACACCCUGGGCCUGGUGUUGCCGUGGCGAUGGCUGGCAGUGGUGGGGGAGAUUCCCGCCCUCCUCAUGUUGUUCCUGCUCUGCUUCAUGCCCUCCUCGCCCCGCUACCUGGUCACCAACGGGCACCUGGAGCGGGCAAGACAUGCGCUGGAGUGGCUGAGAGGGCCGGACUCUGACUACAGGAGAGAGCUGCAGGCUAUCGAGACUGGCAUUGCCACACAGGGUAAAGUUACGUGGGCAGAGCUGACCACUCCGUUUUAUUACAAGCCCAUUCUCAUCUCCGUGGUGAUGCGGUUCCUGCAGCAGCUGAUGGGCAUCACCCCCAUCCUGGUGUAUCUGGAGCCUAUCUUCCAGAGGACCAACAUCUCCCUUGCACCUAGGUAUGACGCUGUGAUGGUGGGGUGUGUCCGUCUGCUGUCUGUUGCCUUGGCAGCGAGUUUGAUGGACAAGGCUGGCCGCAAGAUUCUGCUUUACACCUCUGGAUUCCUGAUGUUCAUUUCCACUCUGUCUAUAACCAUGUACUCCCACACCACGCCCUGCCCCAAUUCCAAUAUAACUGAGUAUAUAUCCACCAACUACAUAUCCCAGAAUGCACCAGCCUUCAACCCCAUCACUCUCAUCCCCCUCAUCAGUUUCAUGCUGUUCAUCUUUGGUUACGCCAUGGGCUGGGGACCAAUCACGUGGUUGCUGAUGUCAGAGAUCCUCCCACUGGGGGCGAGGGGCGUGGCCUCAGGGCUGUGUGUCGGGGUUAGCUGGUUGACGGCCUACGGCCUCACGCACGGCUUCAUCGACGUGGUGGAUCGCUACGGCUUGUUCGUUCCCUUCCUGUUCUUCUGCGUGGUCUGCGUGGUCAACAUCCUGUUCACGGCCGUGGUCGUUCCUGAGACCAGAAAUCGCUCGCUGGAGGAGAUCGAGAACUACUUCCGGACUGGACGGACCUUCACCAUUAAUGACGGCUGACCUGACCACACCCACAGACCAGCUGACCUGACCACACCCACAGACCAGCUGACCUGACCACACCCCUGACCACACCCGCAGACCAGCUGACCUGACCACACCCGCAGACCAGCUGACCUGACCACACCCGCAGACCAGCUGACCUGACCACACCCGCAGACCAGCUGACCUGACCACACCCCUGACCAGCUGUCAACCCAAGUUACUAGCAUUGAAUCAGAAACCUAAUUGCCACAUACAUUUCUGAUUCUCUGACCUGUUCAUCUAACUGGCAACCAUCUAGUACAAACCCAUCUGUCCAAAAGGCAUUAUCAAAAUUGCCCAAUGGAAAACUUUGCCAAUAAUUAAUCCCAGUACCUACCCAUGACCCUUCAAAUUGCAAGAAACAAAACACCCAUUUCCUAUCAUGAACAGAUGAAUCACUUCUAGACCAUCAACACUGCCCGAUGCAAGUAAUCACACCCAGGUUGAAAUGUUAGUGAAGUAUUUUUACUAUUGUUGUGCAGAUGUUGAUAACAUUGACAGUAUUUAGGGAUUAUACAUACACUGUCCAUCAGCCAUCUUGGCCCGGUGAGCAGAACAGAGUUCAUACAGUCUUCAUACCUACAAUAUUCGAGAACAGAACAGUCAUGCCCAGAGCAGCCCAAAACAAGCAGAUCAUUGUUCAACUCACGUGUGUGAUACCAAGUGAAAAAAGCUAGAAAGAGAUUUGCAAACAGCACAUGUAACUUAUUUUGUGUUUAAAAGGUUUAAUAAAGUUUAAUACAUGAUUUAAUGUUCUUACAUUUAAGCCAUUUAAAACAUAUUUGGCCUUUUCCACUUCUUAGAAGUCUUAGUUCUAUAGCACUGAGCCGCUGCAUUGGGAGGCAAUCUCAAUUGCGUCAACUAAUGUGCAACUUUGUUUUGGCAGCCAUUC